CUUCAUCGUUGGGGGAAGGGGUCCGGGGGGCGAGGGAGAAGGAAGGCCUCGACGUACCCGGCAUCUUGGGCAUUUUGAGAAUUGCCUGGAUUUGCAGAGACCCUUAGCGUUACCUCAUAUCCUUUCGUCUUCUCCCUUGCCUAAGCUUAGCCGUUCUUCCCUUGCGCGAGUCACUCACCUACUCACUCACUCCCUCCCUCAACUCUCUCUCGACACACACUUACACGCACACGCACCCACACCGCCACAUACUCCCUACGACAAUGUCGUCCCGAAGCGGCUCGGGGGAGAAGAAGCCUGCGCGGCAGCAGCAGGUGUACGAGUCGGAUGGCGAGUCUGAGGACUACCAGCCCCAGCCGCAGCCCCGGAAGAAGCGCAACCAGCGAGCGAAAGCCGGCCAGGGCCCCCUCGACAACCUCGCUUUCGACAAUGUCCAGAACACAGCAGGCGGCCUCGUCAACUCGGCGACGGGCGCACUCGGAAGCGUCGCGGGCAACGCCGUCCAACAGAAGGACGGCGGUAAGAGGGACACCCUCAGGCUCCGGUUGGACCUUAAUCUCGACGUCGAAAUCACGCUCAAGGCCAAGAUUCAUGGCGAUCUUGAGCUUGCACUACUGUAAGUCUCAUUGCUUUCCUCGUUCUUACUUUCUUUCCUCCAGAUACCCCUUUUUUUCCCUAUUCCCACCCAAUGCCCCUGGGUUCCUUCCCCCGAGUCUCUUUACAUUUACUCUUCCUCCUUUUUUUUCCCUCCCUCCUUUUUUCCUCCCUCUUCUUUUUCC